AUGAUCAGUGCCCAGCAAUGACACCCACCUGUGCCAGCCACCAGUGCCCAGCAGUGCCACCCAUCAGUGCCACCCACCAGUGCCCAGCAGUGCCACCCAUUAGUGCUGCCCAGCAGUUGCGCCCAGCAGUUGCGCCCAUCAGUGCCCAGCAGUGCCGCCAGCCAUCAGUGCUGUCAGUCAGUACUGCCAGUCAGUGCUACCCAUCAGUGCCGCCCAUCAGUGCCGCCUAUUAGUGCCCAUCAUUGCUGCAUAUUACUGUACCAUCAUCAGUGCCUCCUCAUCAAUGCCUACCAGUGCCACCUCAUCAGUGCCACCUCAUCAGUGCAGCUUAUCAGUGCCCAUCAGUGCUGUCUAUCCGUGCCACCUCAUCAGUGCCCAUCAGUGCUGCCUAUAAGUG